AUCAAUUUAGUGUUUAGGAGUUGGAAUUUAAUUUAUGUAAUAGGAAUUAAAUCUCAUUUACUUACAAUUUCUAAACUGAUUUGAUUCCCUUUACUAUCUCAAUAUGAGAAUCCAGCAAUACGGUCACAACUGUGAUCUGUUACUGUAGAGUUGCUAACUAAAACCUGUGUCCAAACUCUGGAAGGUCACACACACAAUGUUUCUGUUGUAUGUUUCCAUCCCGAGCUUCCAAUAAUAAUGACAGGUUCAGAAGAUGGUACUAUCCGUAUAAGGCAUUCAACCACUUACAGACUUGAGAACACCUUGAACUAUGGACUUGAAAGGGUUUAGGCUGUUGGAUACAUGAAAGGUUCACGUCGGAUUGUUAUUGGCUAUGAUGAAGGAACCAUAAUGGUGAAAAUUGGAUGUGAAGAGCCUGUAGCCAGCAUGGACAAUAGUGGAAAAAUUAUAUGGGCUAAACAUAAUGAAAUUCAAACUAUUAACAUCAAGAGUGUGGGAGCUGAUCAUGAGGUUUCUGAUGGAGAGAGGCUGCCUUUAGCAGUUAAAGAACUUGGAACAUGUGAUCUUUAUCCACAAAGCUUGAAGCACAACCCAAAUAGGAGGUAUAUUGUUGUUUGUGGUGAUGGUGAUUACACUGGGUUUGCUUCUUCCCCUCCUUUAAAUGGUCGCUCUACGGAAAACAGUAACAGAAUCCAUUCUGAAAACGGAACCCUAAAUGAACAAACACCAAUCAAAACCCCCCAAAAACAAAACGGAGGAUGUGAUGGUGGCGAGAUGGAAGAUGGCUUUGAGUUUAUCGUUAAAAACAAAGGCAUCAACACUGAGGUGGCUUACCCAUAUCAGGCAACAGAUGGAACCUGCAACACCAAGGAAGAAGUUGUCCAUGCUGCCAACAUUACUGGGUAUGAAAAAGUGCCAGCCAACAGUGAAUCCGCAUUGUUACAGGUAGUCGCUAAUCAACCCAUAUCAAUUGCCAUUGAUGCCAGUGGCAUGGGUUUCCGGUUCUAUUCAGGUGGCGUGUUUACUGGGGAUUUUGGAACUGAUCUUGACCAUGGUGUUACAAGCUUGUUGAAUCAAAUGGAGUUAUAUGUGGUUGUGUAUAUACUUGCAAUCUUAGGCUUGGAUAGUCUACAAGGAAUCAUGCUGGAUCAAGGCAGCUGUAUUGAUACCUGUUGUACUUUUUGCAGGAAGGUCACAAGAAUUAUCGGAGCAGGGGUUCAAUAUUAG